GGCAGGGCGGGGGCGGGGCCGGGGCAGGCUGGGGUUUGGGCCGCGGUGCAGGUUUGUGGUCAGGUGCGGUGCCAGCUGAGUGCAGGUGAAGUGUGUCUGUGAAGUGUGGGCCCCGACAUGGUGCAGGCUUGGUACAUGGACGAGUCCGCUGAUGACCCGUGGCGGCCCCACCGCGCGGAGCCCAGCCGCCCGGUGGACCUGGAACAGCUGCGCAAACUCGGGGUCCUUUACUGGAAGUUGGAUGCUGACAAAUAUGAAAAUGAUCCAGAAUUAGAAAAGAUUCGCAAAGAAAGAAACUAUUGUUGGAUGGAUAUAAUAACCAUAUGCAAAGAUAAACUGCCAAAUUAUGAAGAAAAGAUUAAGAUGUUUUAUGAGGAGCACUUGCACUUGGACGAAGAAAUUCGCUACAUCUUGGAUGGCAGUGGGUACUUCGAUGUACGAGAUAAGGAGGAUAAGUGGAUCCGGAUUUCCAUGGAGAAAGGAGACAUGAUCACUCUUCCUGCAGGGAUUUAUCACCGUUUCACACUGGAUGAAAAGAACUAUGUGAAGGCCAUGCGGCUGUUUGUGGGAGAACCUGUGUGGACAGCAUACAACCGACCGGCUGAUCAUUUUGAGGCUCGGGGGCAGUACAUGAAGUUUUUGGCACAGACAGCAUAGUGGUGCUCCCUUGAGAAGUAUCUUGACAUGACAAAUGCAGAAAAUCCAUCAUUUUCUUCUUGCUUUCCUCUUGUAGACACAGGCUAGGUGAGCUUUCCUUUGCAAAACUGAUCAGAAUAUGUCUUAAUGAAAGGAGUUGGAAACCUAUUUUUUUUUUUUUUUACAUAGGGGCAACUGUAGAAAUAUGGACAAAUCACAUUCAUUUUCUCUUAAUUCAAGAUGAGUGUGACAGUACCCUGUGCUUGCAUGUCUGUGUAACUCAAACCUGAGUACAUUUCAUCUCCCCAAAUGGAGCUGUUUAGAUGUGUCACUGGGACCUGUGCUUCAGGCAGACAUAGAUCAGUGCUGUACCUGCCUUGAAUAAAGUUGUGAUAGUUAUUGGUGAGACUGACAAGACUGUAGACAUCUCCAAAAAACAAACAAACAAACAAAUAAAAAACAGCCUGAGAGGGGCAUGUGUGGUUGCUGACACUACAUUAUUGUUCAGAAUAAAAAAGGUGCCUUAAUUUCAA